ACGCGGCGCUGUGAGGGGUUUCCCGGCUUCGCGCGGGCCGGGCGCUGGUAGCUUAGAUCGUGCACAGAGCUGCUUCCCGGGGGAGGCAGAUGUUGAGUGUCUUUGGGGGUCUCGGGAGGAAACCCCAAGAGCUAUAAGUGCUUCCCUAAGGGAUGCCUCGGGGCCCCCGCAGGCGCGGGUGGCAGGCAGAGUGUUCGCAGGACAAGCCCUGAUCUCUGUGUCUGCGGGGUACGGGGGACAGCGGCGGCCCGCGGGAGUCCCCCGUGGCUGGCUCUUCCCCUUUUGUGUAGUCCUAGUCCUUCGGGCACGGGGGCACUCGGUAUGGAGCCAAGUUGUUCCUUCUCCCCGGGCCGCAAAGUUGGGAGUCAGGCCUAGACUUCAAACGGUGAGAUCCGAGGCUUCUGUGAGUCGGUGUAAACUUGUCACACCCAGAAGCGCCCUUGGACCUGCAGAUGAAGAUCUUUGUGACCCAGACUCGAGGCUUAAGUACAUUUGGCCUAUUCCCAUGGAAAAAGGGAAAGCAUUCUGUGUUACUUGCAGUUACCCAGAACAAACACUGAGUUUAACAGCACCCUUCUCGGGGCACUCUUCAUGUAGUGUAUAUUUUGCUUAAUUUCUCUUGCGAAGUUCUUUUCUUUACCUCAUGUUCAUAAAUCAGAUAGGCCUUUCUUGCUUAAUUCAUUCACAAUCCCUUAGUUAAGACGGCAUCAUAUGAAGAUUGGAUGUGAUUAGGUCCUGUCAAGUGUUCUUGGUCCGUUAUAUUCCUAUCCUUAAGCUUCGGGAUCUCCCCAGGCCUGAAGAUUCUCUGUGUAACAUGAAAGUUUUGAGCGGGCUCGUCUUUCACCCUUACUCUUUUUAGAGAUGUCUGGUUCUGUGAAUCUCAUGACCCACCGCCUGUCUUUUUUUUUUGAGGAGGGAUCGAGAAUUGAACUCAGGACCUCAGGCUUGCUAGGCAGGUGCUGUAUUGCUGAGCUAAAACGCUGCCCCCCUCAUCUUCUUAAACCCCUUCUCCAUCUCUCCAAGGAAAGGGCGUUGAGAGUAGUGGGGGCAGCCUGGUUUGCCAAAGCUGGUAAUCUCUGAACUGUCUCUUCCCUGGACAGAAGAACUCCUUCUGAACUACUUUUUUCUCCUUGUAUAGCAGCAGAAACCAAGCAGCAACAGCCCUUGGAGAGACGCUAAGUUUUUCUUGACAGAAGUCAACAGUGACAAAGACUUUGAAAAAGUUGGUACUUCCGGCCUGCGCUGCUGUCGUCCUACCACUCACACCAAGACAACCCAGGCUGGACAUUAGUGCUUCCCUCUUUAUUCCUGUGAUUUUCCGGAUCAACGCUUGACUGUUUAUUUUCAAGUCUCACACGCUCACCCCCCCAGAUCUUCAUAUUCUGGUUCUCAGCUAUUCUUGAGAACAGCGACUUGCUACCACCACCACAGCACAGCCUGCCGUCCCCAGCAGAUCUUCAGUUGCUCCUGACGUCACCCCGCCUUGUCUCCCUUUGUGGCCUCCUAAAUGCCCAUCUCGCUGGCCUGGGUUCAGCUAGUGGACAUCAAAGGCCAGUUCUGGAAUGAUGAUGAUUCAGAAGGAGAUAAUGAAUCAGAGGAAUUUCUAUAUGGAGUUCAGGGGAGCUGUGCAGCUGAUCUGUACCGACACCCACAGCUUGAUGCAGACAUUGAAGCCGUGAAGGAGAUCUACAGUGAGAACUCUGUGUCCAUCAGAGAAUAUGGAACUAUCGAUGACGUGGACAUUGACCUCCACAUCAACAUCAGCUUCCUCGAUGAGGAAGUGUCUACGGCCUGGAAGGUCCUCCGGACAGAACCUAUUGUGUUGAGGCUGAGAUUUUCUCUCUCCCAGUACCUUGAUGGACCAGAACCAUCAAUUGAGGUUUUCCAGCCAUCGAAUAAGGAAGGGUUUGGGCUGGGUCUUCAGUUGAAAAAGAUCCUGGGUAUGUUCACAUCCCAACAAUGGAAACACCUAAGCAACGAUUUCCUGAAGACCCAGCAGGAGAAGCGGCACAGUUGGUUCAAGGCAAGUGGUACCAUCAAGAAGUUUCGAGCCGGCCUCAGCAUCUUCUCACCCAUCCCCAAGUCCCCCAGUUUCCCCAUCAUUCAGGACUCCAUGCUGAAGGGCAAACUGGGUGUACCAGAGCUUCGAGUUGGGCGCCUCAUGAACCGUUCCAUCUCGUGCACCGUGAAGAACCCCAAAGUAGAGGUGUUCGGCUACCCUCCCAGCCCCCAGGCAGGUCUCCUGUGCCCCCAGCACGCGGGCCUCCCUCCCCAAGCACGGACCUCUCCUUUGGUCAGUGGUCACUGCAAGAACAUCCCCACCUUGGAGUACGGAUUCCUCGUCCAGAUCAUGAAGUACGCGGAGCAGAGGAUCCCGACGCUGAACGAAUACUGCGUGGUGUGCGAUGAGCAGCAUGUCUUCCAGAACGGGUCCAUGCUCAAGCCAGCUGUCUGUACUCGGGAACUGUGUGUCUUCUCCUUCUACACCCUGGGGGUCAUGUCUGGAGCUGCCGAAGACGUGGCUACUGGAGCAGAGGUGGUAGACCUGCUGGUGGCCAUGUGUAGGGCAGCUCUGGAGUCCCCGAGAAAGAGCAUCAUCUUUGAGCCUUACCCCUCCGUGGUGGACCCCACUGAUCCUAAGACUCUGGCCUUUAACCCUAAGAAAAAGAAUUAUGAGCGGCUUCAGAAAGCUCUGGAUAGUGUGAUGUCCAUCCGGGAGAUGACCCAGGGUUCGUACUUGGAAAUCAAGAAGCAGAUGGACAAACUGGACCCCCUGGCCCAUCCUCUCCUGCAGUGGAUCAUCUCUAGCAACAGGUCACACAUUGUCAAACUACCUCUCAGCAGGCAGCUGAAGUUCAUGCACACCUCACACCAGUUCCUCCUGCUGAGCAGCCCUCCGGCCAAGGAGGCUCGGUUCCGGACCGCCAAGAAGCUCUACGGCAGCACCUUCGCCUUCCAUGGGUCCCACAUUGAGAACUGGCAUUCGAUUCUGCGCAAUGGGCUGGUCAAUGCGUCCUACACCAAACUGCAGCUGCAUGGAGCAGCCUAUGGCAAAGGCAUCUACCUGAGCCCCAUCUCCAGUAUUUCCUUUGGAUACUCAGGAAUGGGAAAAGGACAGCACAGGAUGCCCUCCAAGGAUGAGCUGGUCCAGCGGUACAACAGGAUGAACACCAUCCCCCAGACCCGAUCCAUUCAGUCCAGGUUCCUGCAGAGUCGCAAUCUCAACUGUAUAGCACUCUGUGAAGUGAUCACAUCCAAGGACCUCCAGAAGCACGGGAACAUCUGGGUGUGCCCUGUAUCCGACCACGUCUGCACACGGUUCUUCUUUGUAUAUGAGGAUGGUCAGGUGGGCGAUGCCAACAUUAAUACUCAGGACCCCAAGAUACAGAAGGAAAUCAUGCGUGUGAUCGGAACUCAGGUUUACACAAACUGAGGGGGCCCCAGCCCUCGAACCACGAUGUUCCCCAGGAUCCAUCUGCCCUCAUCAAAGGGCUCAGGAGCAACAGGUGAGACUGCCCUGGAGGAAUCGGGCCAAUACCAAGGAGCAGGAAGAGGCUAGAAGAGGCGGCUUUCAUGGUGGAGACUGACCCAGGAGCCUCUCCAUGGUGGACGGCCCAGACUGACUCCAACCCCCGAUCUGCCCAGUUGACUUCACCCUGUUUGUAAAUAAAACAAUAAACUGGAAGGUGCUGUGGACUGGA